UUUCACAAUUCAUUCGCGGUUUCCUGUUUCCUGAGCGACAUGUUGUUUUAUCUGAAGCCCGAAGAAGCUAAGCCUACAGCUCUCAUCUCUGCAGCGCUGGACGGAAACACUCUUGUAUGUGACGUCAAUUAAACCGUGGUAGCUACCCACACACUUCAGCUCUGACGGCAAUUGUCCUUUUUUUGGAUGCCUGCGUCAGCAAGACCUUUUUAAAAACACCACAUGGCAUACAUGGAAUCAGUUGACCAUAUUUGCAAUUUCCAUGAUGUGUUAAAGAGUUUUUCAGACAUUGUAUUAUCACCGAGGUACCGGAUCUAGAAUUUAUCCCAUUUGGCUAUAAAUAAGUUUCAGUCUUCACAGUCGCAGCUACCUCCGUCUCCCCGUGCGCCUGGAUGAUGACGUGCUCGUCCAGGCAGAACGAUAGAUUUCAACAGCAUCACUUCAUAAAAUAUAGUCUUUCUAUUGACAAAUUAACUAUUUAAUUGGUACUAGUAAACGGCGACUAAAUAAUUAGAGUUUUGUCCACUGCAUUCUGAGUGUUUGUUGGCUCGCGGAACACACGGACCAUGCAUCUGAACCACUCCGCGGACCACGAGACCACUCUCCGUGGCGGGAAAAGGAGUCAGCUCGAGCUCUCAUCCGACGCCAUCAAUAGUUGGGCAUCCUCAAAAUCCCAACAGUAUCCUGUCAAAAUGCAGCUACCCAGCAGUUCCUUCAUCCCCACCAUCAAUGCCAUCACGUCCAGUCAGGAGCUGCAGUGGAUGAUCCAGCCAGCCAUUCUAGCCUCCAAGCCUGGCCACUGCCUACCCUCUCACCCCUACCAGCCCCUGGACAUCAGCAGUAGCCUGGGGCCUGGGAGCCACACAAGGCUCGGGGUAAUACGGACAGUGGGCAACACGCAUGGAAGGAGCAGGCGUAGUGAUCAGUUGAACCCAGCUGAAGAGGAGAGGAGAAGGUUGAGGAGAGAAAGGAACAAGCUGGCUGCUGCCAAGUGUCGCAACCACAGGAAGGAGCUGACCGACCAACUGCAAGGAGAGACUGAUGAACUGGAGAGAGAGCAGGCCUGCUUGAAGACCCAGGUUGAGAGGCUCCAGGAGGAGAGAGAGAAGCUGGAGCGCAUGUUAGUGUCGCAUGCCCCAGUGUGUCUACUGGGCUGUGAUGGCCAGGCCCAGCCACUGCCCCCUCCUGCCCCGACCAUGUACCCCACAGCCACCUCCCCCCUGGCCAAACCCCUGAGCCCCCCUCCCGCGAUAAAGCAGGAGCCUCAGGAGGAGAUGCUGUUCUCCUUUCACCACCAUGAACACUGCGCCAUCAAACCCACCUAUCGCCAUGUAGAAGAGUACUGUCCCAGUGUCGACAGCUUCACCACCCCAUCCAUGGUGAGCUGCAGCCCAGCCCGUUUGGUGGAUCUAUCCUGUCCCAUGCUGUCUCACCAUCACCCCAGCCUGGGUGGGCAGGAUAGGUCAUUCCGGGAAGAGGCCCUUCCCAACAACUUGCUCUCCAAGCCUCUCCCUGGUAGUGACAUGAGUCUUGAGGAUGGACUACUGGGACCACGAUUCUCCCCCAACUUGUUGACUCUGUAGGGCAAUGAUUUACAGUAAAGUGGACAAAUAUAAUGUACAGCGCUAUACUGUACUUUAAUCACUAUGGCAUGUUCAGAUGCUAUUCUUUGAAAUACUUCACCAGCAACUGAUUUGGUCUGCCUGGUACAAUGGAACUAAUGGAAUUGUCCCAAAAGUACAAACUCCAUGCUAAGGCCUAGAUUCAAUCAGAUCGAGUGUUAAACUGUGAUAGAAGACACACGAAUAACGAAUGUUUUUGCUGUCAGAGGUGGAACUGCGUUGGAGCCGUGAAAUCGGUGAGUAGCUGCUCUUGCAAUCAUUGUCAAGAAUCCACAUCUGUCCCCACUCGCUUUGGAAGUUCAGAGCGAGAAAGUGUAGCCUAUAUAUAAAUAAUUACGCUCAAAUUGAAAAAUAAUGAAACUAUAUAAAGAGGAUUUCUAUCAGCCUAAUUGAUGUGUAGAUUCCAUCUCACAUUCCAGUGUUCCAUCUUGGAACAAGGCAGCAUGGGAUUUCUGUUAAUGUGACUCUGUGAAGCCAAUGGCAAUAUCCGCUUUAGGUAUAAUGUCUGGAGCCACUUGUGGAUUUGACAGCUCUAACAGCAGUUCCACCUCUGACACCACCAAAACAACCGGAAUGCUGAUGUCACUAAAGCGGUUCUGAUUGAAUAGAGCACUUUCUCAAGCACAGACUAGGCUAUAGUAUACUGUCAAGUAUCUAAAGGUUUUUGACAUGUGUAUUUUACUGAGCUCUGGAGAGGAUUCUUCCCUUGUAAGAGGAAGAUAAACGUUUAACUAGAUAUUCUUUGUUAAUUAGAAAUUAACAUCACAAUUCCUUUACAAGUUUGGCUCUUGUCAAUAUUUCAAUCAUAUCCAUUUUCAAACUGAAAAUCGGUUGACUGGUAGUUUGGUUUGUUAGACGCUAGAUGGUGCUGCAAGACAUUGCCUUGGCACAACUGUAAAGCACUACUGUAAAUCACAAUGGCAAAUAUUUAUUAACCACUAGUUCUGUUUAGUAUUUAAUUAUUUAAUUGCUGUGCCAUUUAUUAAAGCCAAUCUAUAUGUAGAAGCCAUUUUAUGAUUUUAAGUUGGAAUAAUGGGUUGUCACGACAACACUGACAAAUUUUCUACAGUCAAAUGUGAUGUGAACACAAUGCAAACAUUACUUACCAUACAUCUGAGGUAGAAGUGUCAAAGCAAUAUUGUCAUCCACAAUUAUUUGCUAUAAUGUUGACCUUUAUAUUUAUCUCAUAUUGUGUGUUAUUCAUUCUUGACGGUUUUCAUUAGGUUUCAAUGUAUUAUUCAAGGCAGUACAAUAAAUUAAUAGGAAGAGUA